CCCGUUUCUCUGACACAAAUCUCUGAACAAGGCAGAACAAAUUGUAUCGACUGAUUUUACGAGCUACAUCCAUAUGCAGCUCUGCUAUGGACAGGAUGGUCUACAGCUACAAGAGGAGCAUCAAUGGCUUCGCGGCCAGGCUGACGGAGCAGGAGAGGCGGAAGCUCGCCGGCACGGAGGGCGUGGUCUCCGUCUUCCCGAGCCGGACGUACCAGCUCCAGACCACAAGGUCGUGGGACUUCCUCGGCUUCCCCAGGAACGCGCGCCGGAGCCUGCCCACGGAGGGGGAGGUCAUCGUCGGCAUGCUCGACACCGGCGUGUGGCCGGACUCCCCAUCCUUCUCCGACGCCGGCCUCGGCCCGCCGCCGGGCAGGUGGAAGGGCGCCUGCCUCAACUUCACCUGCAACAACAAGAUCAUCGGCGCCCGCGCGUACAGGCAGGGGCGCGCCGGCCUGUCGCCGGUGGACACCGCGGGGCACGGCAGCCACACGGCGUCGACGGUGGCCGGGCGCGUGGUGGAGGGCGUCGGCCUCGCCGGCGUGGCCGCCGGGUCGGCCCGCGGCGCGGUGCCGGGCGCCAGGCUGGCCAUCUACAAGGUGUGCUGGGACGACUUCUGCGCCGGCGAGGACAUCCUGGCGGCGUUCGACGACGCCAUCGCCGACGGCGUGGACGUGAUCUCCUUCUCCAUCGGCGGCAAGCUCCCGGCGCCCUACUUCGAGGAUGCCGCGGCCAUCGGGUCGUUCCACGCCAUGAGGUGCGGGGUGCUCACCUCCGCGUCCGCCGGCAACUCCGCGCUCACCGGCGGGCGCGUCGGCAACGUCGCGCCGUGGAUGCUGUCCGUCGCCGCGAGCAGCACCGACCGCCGGCUCGUCGCCAAGCUGGUCCUCGGGGACGGCAAGACCAUUGUGGGAGCCUCUGUUAACAUCUUCCCCAAGCUUGAGAAAGCUCCACUUGCCCUCCCAAUCAACGGACAGUCAUACAGGGGGAAGAUCCUUUUCUGCCCCAGAGGAAGCAACGGCACCGGCCCUCUCCAGGCCGGCGCCGCCGGCACGGUCAUCGUCAACGCCGAGCCCGACGUCGCGUUCGUGUUCCCCCUCCCUGCAGUGACAAUCGCUGAGGACCAGUUCACCGAAAUUCUAGCAUACGUCAACAGAACACGUACUGAUCCUGUGGGCAGCAUCCACAGCACAGAGGCAAACUUCAACUCCGAGGCGCCGAUCGUCGCCUCCUUCUCCUCCAGGGGGCCAAACUUGAUCAGUCCUGGGAUCCUGAAGCCUGACCUGUCGGCGCCGGGGAUCGCCAUCCUGGCGGCGUGGACGCCGCUGUCGCCGGUGUCCGGCAACCUCAGAGACAACAGGUUCGCGGCGUACAACGUCAUCUCCGGCACAUCCAUGGCGUGCCCGCACGCCACCGGCGCGGCGGCGUACGUCAAGUCCUUCCACCCCGGCUGCACAUCGUUCCAGGUGAUCAAGCUUACGAGAUGGCGACACUGUGCACGUGCAGCCACGCCGAUGGACCCGGCGCGCAACCCGGGCGGCGGCGAGCUCGUCUACGGCGCGGGGCAGCUCAGCCCGGCGCGGGCGCGCGACCCGGGCCUCGUCUACGACGCGCGCGAGGACGACUACGUCCGCAUGCUCUGCGCGGAGGGGUACAACGCCACGCAGCUCCGGGUGGUCACCGGCUCCGACGGCACCGCCUGCCCGGCCGCCGGCGCCGCCGCCGCCGACGACCUCAACUACCCGACGAUGGCGCACCACGCCGCGCCGGGGUUGAACUUCACCGUCCGCUUCCCGCGCACCGUCACCAACGUCGGCGCGCCGGGGCGCUCCGUGUACACCGCCAGGAUCGUCAGCUCGGGGCCGUACAUCAGAGUCGCCGUCGCGCCGAGGAGGCUGGCGUUCAGCAGGCCGCUGCAGAAGUUGUCCUUCACCGUGACGGUCUCCGGCGCACUGCCGGCGGGGAACGAGUUCGUGUCGGCCGCUGUCGUGUGGUCCGACGGUGUACGUCAGGUUAGGAGUCCGAUUAUUGUGCACACGGUGGAUGUUCAAUAGAGUAACACACUGGCAGAUUGAGGAGACUGUUCAGGAAAGUUCAUUUUGUUGCCAAUGUUGCAACAGCUGACAAAACAAUGUUGGGGACAAUUCCUCAUCUGUCAUUGGAAAAUCCCCAAUCCUAGAUAUGUCAU